CACACAUGACCUGCAUAAAGAAACGCUACUGUCCAGCUGUCCAGUUUAGACUUUGUACCUCAAUAAAUUAGUUAACGGUUACCGUUAAAACUUAAAGUACAUCUGUCUUUUUAAAAAUCUCGAAAUACGAGAAACACGUAACUUGGACUUGUCGACAAAAACAUAAUGGGUAAGAAGAAGGGUGAUGACACAAUUCCAGCUGGUGAUGCAACUAAAGGAGCCAAAGUUUUCAAACAAAGAUGUUCCCAGUGUCAUACUGUAGAAGCUGGUGGUAAACAUAAAACUGGACCCAAUUUACAUGGACUUAUUGGACGUAAAACUGGUCAAAUGUCUGGAUUUAGUUAUACUGAAGCCAAUAAGGCAAAAGGAAUCACCUGGGCACGCGAAACUUUGUGGGUGUAUUUAGAGAAUCCUGCGAAAUACAUACCUGGCACUAAAAUGGUGUUUGCAGGCAUAAAAAAGAAAGCGGAGCGAGCAGAUCUGAUCGCGUACCUAGAGGAAACUACUACAAAAUAGUAGACACCAGAAUGAAAAAAAUGUAUACUCGUUUAUAUGUUGUGUGAAUAUUAUAAAUGUUUUGUGAAAUUUUAUAGCACUUAAAAUCCGUUUUUAAAAAUCAGCACGAAUGUCAA